AAUAUUGAUUAGUGACGUCACAUAAGUUUUCUUAUGGCUUUGUUCGUGUGUUUUCCCGUCUUAGACAGCCGACCCUCAGGUAGCCAGAUCUUUGACAAGGAGCACAAGGAUGAAGGGAAAAACUAUCUUCAAAUGGCCACUGAUCGAUGAAGUCAAAGACAGAAUAACAGAGAGCUCUAAGAUGAGAAAAGUCAGUGGCACCACUGUUGCGAUGGCUUCCACUAUGCCUCAAAUAGUUGAGAUUGAACACUGUGCUUUAAUGGGGCCUAGAAACCAGUGGGUUAUGAUGGUGCUGUGCCGCACGUCGAAUGGUGCAAGGGACAUCUGUGGUAAUGCAUUGUGGGAGAGUCUUCUUGGACGUUACCUUGACGCCAAAGUGGAAGUGAAACACAAUUCUGUAACAGUCAAUCUGCCUCCUAUUCAAAACUACCUUGAAAUUGCAGUAUUUGGAACCCCGGGAGAAAAUGAUAUGAUACGCAAGCAAGUUGCCAUCUUUGGUCCCAAACCAGAAAAGGGGCAAACCUGGACCAUCAAUACAAUAUUAUAUGAUGACACUGUGCGGGCUUUUGAGCAAUUACGCCAGAAGGAAAGAGAAAGGGGCAACAAACUGCUUACGGCACGUUCGGGAUUGUUCGUUGCCAACAUCGAGGACGAUAUCAACAUUGAGCUAAGUGCUCUGCAACCAGGAUGGCGAAUCAAAGGAUCUGAAAUAAAGGUCAUAAAAUCGAGAGAUGCGUGGAAAAUUCCAGAGAAUGGUACCAAUUUUCCACGUUGUAGUUGUGAAAUUGUACAUGUUGAUGAAACCAAGGAGUCGUUUAUAUGUGGAAUAACCGUCUCGCAUGGAGAAGAGACCACCAAGGCAGAGGUCGUGGCGAUUUUCAAACAAACACUUCGAAAACGCGAAGAGGAAGCGUCCCCCAAAACAAGCAACCAAUGGAAGCAAAUUGUUGGAGCACAUAUCAGCGACAAAAAGCGAAAGAAAAAGAUUCAAGAAGAGAAUCUCAUCACUUCCGAUAAACUUAAAAGAGUGCUCCUUCUUGUAGCAAUAAGCUGUGCUCUAUCGCUUAUUGUGGCUGAAGCCGUAUUGACUUUUACGCUUUCGAAUGCACGCCCAGAAGCAGAGGAAACAAUGAAUGAAAAGCCCAAGGCAGAGUUUGCAUUUUGCAAUGCAAGGCUAGGGUGUCGUCGUUUCAUUAUGGCUAAAUUUGGAUUUGCUCCAAACAAGAUGAGAGGAAACUACAGCUUCUCAAAGUUGAACAACUUGAAAAACUGCUCUGCAAACGAGAUUGGUGGCGUGAGAGCAAACUACCAGAGUCGACUUCUUAAUCAGAGCGACGACUCGCAGCGACAGGGAGAUUUAACGGACAGGGGACAAGCCAUUUGUAGCAAGGAAACGCCCAUUUCGAAGCGAGAAAUUGAUAUUCCUCUAUUUGACGAAAGGUUGAAUGAGCGUCGAGUGCAGUCCGAUAUAUUUUAUAAAAGUUGACAUAUAAAUUUUAUUUUAAUCCGUACACUGUCAACUUUUUAUUUCUCUUCAUCCUUCAUAAGGUAUUUUUAAAUUUACACCUUUUGUUAAAGGUUUCGUACAACACUUUCGUAAGACAAAAAUAAGCGAUAUGAAAAGUGAACGACGUCCUGAUGACUCCAUGUCAUCAUUAUCAAGUUCGAAAUACAUGACAGAAUUGAACCAAUAUAAAUAGUAAAAAUGGCUUUUCUUUCUUUCUUUAUUCAGUUCUAUGAUGUAUUUCGAACUUGAUAAUGAUGACAUGGAAUCAUCGAACACGUCGUUCACGUAUACUUUUUUACUCAGCAAUAUUUUUAUGCAAGAUAAUUUGCUCAUGAAAUGAGCUGUGAUAUAUAUAUUUUUUUAAAGUGGUUUUUAAGAUUUAACAAUCCGGUCUUGUAUCUGUCAUUUGUUGCACCGUGCUAACUUAUUAGAAGUUUAGCAAUAAAUAAGAAUGUAAAAUUU